AUGACUGAGCAGGAGACUGUUUCUGUGUCCAAGGGCAUUUUUGUUUUCCCAAACAAUUUCAAAAGAUCCAAGAAAUCUUCGAAGGAACAAAUACUCAAGCCGAAAAAGGACGAGUUUUCUGAUAAUUUGUGGUAUCAAGAAUACACAGAUUUGUGGGAGGCACUCAAUAAUGAAUAUGAGAAUCUAACUUCUGAAAUGUUUACCGCAAUGACCUCAGACCUCUUAGAAUUUGUAAGUGCUAGCCAUCGAGACUUAGUAGCUGAAAUACCUACUGCGGUCCUGCUAACUGGAAUUAACAUGCCCGAUCACGAGGCUCAAUUUAUAAAUCUGAAAAGGCAAAUUAUAGCUGACAUAACUCCUCAUGUUGCAUUUUUGCAUAGCCAAGAUUGUAUCAAUUUAAAAUAUCUCAUUGAAAAUAUGAUCAAACAAUUUAUUAAAAAUAGUACGGAGGAUGAUGAUGAUAAUGAUGAUAAUGAAGAAUAUACAAGCAAUUUUAAAAAAUCGGAUUUUAGUUUGCCUUUAUUGCAAAGCUGGUACCAAUACAUGUAUCCUGUAAAGACUGAAAAAAAGUUGCUAGUUGUCAUUGUACCAGAUUUUGAAAGCUUCAGUGCUAACGUACUGCAAACAUUUAUCCUAAUUAUUAGCUCGUAUUUAGCUAAAUUACCUUUUGUGUUUGUUUUUGGCAUUGCCACUUCCAUUAAUACACUCCACACAUCUUUUCCAUAUCAUGUCACCUCGAAGACCAAUAUUAAAGUUUUCAAGUGUGAGCCUUCCACAGUACACUUGAAUAAAAUGUUGGAAGGUGUCUUUUUGAGCCCAUUUUGCCCCUUUCAGCUAGGAAGCAAUGUUUUUGAUUUGUUUACAGAGAUUUUUUUGUACUAUGAUUUUUCUGUUUGGAAUUUUGUACAAAAUAUUAAGUAUGCAAUGAUGGAACAUUUUUGCAAUGGAAAUGCUAUGGCGCUUUGUCAAGUUGAGAAGAAAGAUGUGAAGGAAAUUUUACAGAAGUUCACUCAUGAAGAUUUUGAGAAUGUUCGUCAUCUUCUGUCAUUUAGAAAAUUUGUUGAAUCUGAGCCCUAUGAAAAUAGAAUACUCUUACUAACAGACGAUGAAUAUUUCAAAGUAAUAGUGUUUGAGAAAAUUGUUAUAAUCCAAAGAUAUAUUAGAAGAUUGCAUAUAUUUUUGAAAUGUCUCCAUACGCUUGUGUCAGACUUACCUGGGGCUCCUCUGGGUAAAAAUUAUAGAGAAAUAUAUGCUCAUGCAGUACGCCAACCCAUUGCUAAAUCGCAUGAAUACACAGAAUGCUUACAACUGCUCAAUUUCCAAUCCAAAGACAAUUUGUAUGCUAAAUUGGUGAGCAUCAGGGAUAUUAUUAGUGAAUAUAUUAAUGAGAAAACCAAAAAGACACAGUUGAAAGAUUUUUUUAACAAAAUCUGUAGUUUUAUGGAUUUGCUAAAUACCUUAGAUUCUAAUCCUGAAGCCAGUGAGGAAAUUGGAAUAAUGGAGUGUGACAAUACUGAAAUAGGGCAAGUAGCUGACCGUAGAGCAUUCAAAAGUACUUUAUUUUCAAGAUCACAACAAAAACCAAAACCUCUCAACAAAUAUGAGAAAAUCCGCGAAGAAAUUCUAUACUAUGUAACUAAGCAAUUCGAGUUAUUCUUGGUGCAACCUAGCACAAUGCCUUUUUACGAAAUAUUCUUUUUUGAUGAUAUUUCAAUUAAAUCGAAAAUAAUUGGUAUGCACAGAUCCGCUAUUCAUAAUGCACUUAACGACCCUAACCAUUAUUUACAGUGCAACUGCUGCGAGAUAUCCAAUUGCCAAACCAUCAAAGCCACCAUGCCCGAUAUUUGUAUCGCUUACAAGCUGCAUUUGGAAUGUGGCAAAAUGAUCAAUUUGUAUGACUGGUUACAAGCGUUUCUUUAUAUUGUCGAUCCCAAAUAUUCUGAUGAUUUGGAUGACAAAUCCAAUAAGUUGGUUGAUCCAGAAUUACAGUAUCCUUUAAAAUAUAAAGCGCGAUUUACUCAAGCAGUGGCAGAAUUGGAAUAUUUAGGAUUUAUUAAGAGCUCUAAGCGUAAGGCUGAUCAUGUGGCUCGUUUGACAUGGGGUGGUUAG